AUGAGUCUAGAAAAUGAACAUUUCUGGGUAUCUGGCACCGAUUUAGCUGAUGAGGGCAACUUCAUUUGGCUGUCAACAGGUCGUCCCAUAACAUUUGCCAAUUGGAAUGCUGGUGAGCCGAAUAACUAUCGCUAUGAGAAUGGUGAAGAGGAGAAUUGCAUGGAGUUAUGGAAUCGUGAUGGCAAAGGCCUGAAAUGGAACGAUUCACCCUUUGAGGAAUGCAACCCACAAAGAGGCGGACGUGGCUUGAAUGCAAAACCAAAAAUGAAAGUUUCAAAUUUGAUACAGAGUUUUCAGAGCCCGCUGAGCAGAUAUGAUGUGGAGCAAAGCAUAAUUUUUGAAAAACCGCAAUCAUUCGACGAUGCUGUUGCCAUGUGCAACACAAACAUGGACAUGGAAAUGAUGGAAAUGGAGCAGCCAACAAAACUUGAUUAUGUGUGCAAAGUUGCAAAACAUUACCCCCGGAAUCUCCUGAACCAAGAGCCAACAAUUGUUACGGCAAUGGAAAGAAAUAUGUAA